AAGUUUCAGUCGGGUUUCAAACGUGAGCGCAGUCAAGAGAAUUCGAAAAGUUUUCACGGGGAAUCUUACGCGACUUUUGGGCAAUUUAGUGGACUUUUUCACAGUUGUGCACAAUUUGUUGGAUUUCGUCGACGUUUUUCUACAGCCGGAGAUAGAACAAACAUGGUUAGACUGCUUCGAAUUGGUUCCAUGGGAAUGUGGUUUAUCAUCUACUGUUUGGUGCAAUAUCGACCGGCUGGAGCUGAUUAUGCCCCGAUACGCCCUAAAAGGGGGCGAAGUCGUCCUCCACUGCGACCAUAGUGUCCCGCCAGAGCAUCUACAUAAAGUCGAGUAUAAAAAGGGGGACGACAAGGUGCUUCUAUACGUUAAAGGACGAAACCCUGCGUGUAGAAUUUGGAGAGUUCGUGGAGCAACAUUAGCCGAUCAAUACUGCAAUGCCACUCAUGUUCGUCUGGACAAUUUAACUUUUGCAGCAGGAGGAUCCUACCAUUGUGUGGUUUCAAUGGAAACGCCCAGUAUAUUUACGAAAGAAUCGGAUUCAAAAGAGUUGACAAUCAUAGAUCCCCAAAAAGGCGACCCAAGAAUUAGCUUCACAAAACAGACAUUUGCCGUUGGGGACAAACUUGAGGCCAAUUGUACCACUUUUCCUUCCAGACCUUCUCCAUACAUCACCUGGUUCAUUAAUGAUAAAAAGGUUCCAGAUCAUCUGACUAGAUCCUAUUCGAAUGGAUUGCAUGCGCAUGGUUUUUUUGAAACCAGAGCUCCCUCCAUCAAGCAGAUUUCCGUGGAAGUUUCCGAACUACAUGGGGACGUAGAUAACAAACUUAGGCUCACUUGUGUGGCCACCAUUCCUGGAUAUGUAAACAAGGAGCAGAAAUAUGCUGAUAUCCGAAAUGCAACAGUUGAACUUAUAAUCGUGGAUGAGUUUCCAGCAGCUCCAUCGCCAGUAGAAGCAGCUUCAUCAUCAGCUGAAUGGAUCCAACAGGUAGCUGAACUGUUACUGUUACAGCUUUCUCUCGUAAUAUUACUGCUGUAAAACUGGAACGUUCUCAGUUAUUAGACAAAAAUUAUGCAUUGCGGUUGUUUAAAAAAUAUUUUUCUAUUGCAAAUGAUUUUUGCCUUCUUCGGUUGACUCGAUUGGUUCGAUUGGUUCUUGCAUUUUGAUUCUACCUGUUUCGCUUCGCAACAUCGGCAGAACUAUUUGGAAUUAGAUAUAUCUAGUGUUGUUAAAUAGAACCAUAAAUUCGAUGGGCUAGAAUUAGGGAUUAUAUACAUGUAACGAUAAAGUCAAUUUCUACAAACACUUACAUUCUUGCUGAUAACAGUCCGAAAAUCAACGGCAUUCUUUUCAGUUACAGAGUAAAAUCUAGCUUGCAGGGUAAAUGUUGUUUUUUAUUUAUUAAUGUAUAGUAUAAGAACAUUUUAUUACGGAAAGAUGAAAAUCUAUAAAAAUAUAUUUCGUGUUACGUAACAAAUAUAGAUAUAUUAGGUAUAUAUUAUAUUUAUAACUAUAUUUGAGAUGGUAAGAAAAUGGUGUAAUAUAUACAAAAGUAAGGAUCACUCACUUUAAAACAAAUUACGAAACAAUGCACUUGAUGUACGAAUUGUUGUGGGAUGUAUUUCUACGUGUAAUGUCUAACAAGCAAAUUGGCAUUUAAUUUAACUGUUUUCUAAAUCUUAAUGUAUGUAGAUUCGAUGUCAAUGAUCACCUGUGCUACUCAAACACUCAUUAUAACAGAAACGAAUAUUUUUUAAACCAAAUUUUGUCUUAUGUUCUUCAGAAGUUUUAUUUUGCUUUUAUGAAAGUUUUUCACCUACAUUUUUCCAUGUUAGUAGUUCCUUUAGUUUUUUAACUUUAGCUUUAGUUGGCCUAGAUUGUACGGAGAUUAAUUUUUUUCAACGGAAGAGAUAAAAUGGUAUGUAAUGAUGAAAAUUUUGGUCAUUUUCUGGUUUCCAUCACUCUCGUGUUCCAAGUUGAAAAUAUGCUCACCUUAAAUGUAAUUCGUUUACUAACAACUUUUCUUAGUGGUGUUUUUUAGAAAAAUGGGUUUUUCCAUUAGCUUUCACUCAUUGAUUUUUUUGCGUUCGGGUUGAAUCUGAUUGAUAUUUUUCAUGUUUUAUUAGAUUUGGAUAAUUCCAAUUUUCAGUGUGUUCUUAAAUAUCGUGUUCAAACGAAAACCAAAUUUUACAGCUUAAAUAAAAAUACCUACGUUUAUAAUUUGUGGAGCAAUCAAAUUUCAAAAUACAUUUGUUGCCGUUUGUCGGACAUUUGGCUUACAUUUAAAAAAAGGUGAUGCAAAUGAUGAAAAUUAUCAAUGAAAAAUAUUUUUUUAGUUAAUGUUCGCUUCUCGAUCACAGUCGCACACUGAAAAUAACGCCAAGAGAUGAAAAAGUUUGCAAAGAAACCGUAAAAUUGACUUUGCAUUUCAGAAUCUACCGAGGCACGCUGUGUACAGUUCAGAGAUUAACUUUAAUGGAAAUAUAUGGAAAACAUAUCAAUGGACCUUCCUUCAUAUUACUUUUCCGUUGAGACAUAAAAAAUGCAAUUAAUUAAUAAUUAACAUUCAUCAGUUUUUUAUCAGUUGCGGUAUAUUUUUAAUAUUUUCAAAAUUGUUAUUCUCAUUUGCAAAAUUUGUUGCAUUACCUUCUUCUCCAUAAGUGUGAUUAACUUCGAAUUAUAAGCCUUCAGCUACGAAUAAACUUAUCCAAGAAAUAAUUACUUCGAAAUUUGCAAACCUACGUAAAGGUGAAAACAUCUUUGUAAAUUAGUAGUUCACGCCAUUAAUCUGAUAUCCAACUAAUAAUUUCCGAUUUUUGGCCACACAUUUUAAGUACAGUAAUAUGACCUCUACUAGUAAAUAAAUCAUGAUAAAAUAUCAUCAAUUACAUACUGAAACUGAUUAAUUUUACGUACCACUGGAAAUAUAUCCAAAGUGUAUCUAUGUAAGUCUUACAAAUUUCGAAUGAGCAAAAUGCCGAUACACUCUAGAUACUCAUUCCAUCUAUCUUUCUAACUACUUUCUUAUGAUAAAGACAACAAAACGAGUUACUCAGCGCUUUUGCACUUUUAGGGAAUAAGAUUCAGUUGCUACAGGGGCUCGUCGAAAAGCAUUAACGCAGUAAUCCGCGAGUGAUCAGUUUUACACAUAUCUUAGACUAGUUUCCAGACAAAAAGAGUAGCUGUGAUCAUAUAAUAUGCUGCUUUUACUUCGGCUAUUAUUAUAUAAUAGUCUGCUUUUUGACCGCGCCCCUAUUGAGAUAUUGCUGAUUUAUGGUCAAUGGAGAGGAGAAACCAGGCUCCAGUGAUACAAUGGAAAAAAUUAUUUUAGAGUCAAAAAUGAAAUUUGUAAAAAACCAAGUUGAAACUUGAGCCAGUUUUCCCGAUUUAUCGAAUACUAUAUGUUUUAAAUUGAGGACUGAGACACUUCUUAAUUGUAACUGAAUUGCUGAAGAAUAAGGUGAAAGGAAAAGAGCGACUUCAGAUGAAAUCUUUGAUCGCUCUUGUCUUUUUUGCGCUCGUUCUUCCAUUUUACUGAAAAAUUUGUAGAACAAUCAUUUACGGCGAAUUUAUAUUUGCGAUUCACAGCUUAUUUACGAAAAACUAGAGAAUUAUAUUAGAAAUGUUUAUAUUUAUUUAGGCAAUUGUUAUCCGGCAAUUUAGGAAAACUACUCAAAUUUAGAUGGCUAUAAAAAUGUUAAAUCGCACUGGAGUAACAGAUAAUUUAUAACAAGUGGAUUUAGUAGAAAACAAAGGAAUCUUAUUAGCAUGUAAUUAUUCUUAGAGUGCAUAUUUAGGUAACAUAGUAAAAUAAGACAAGAUAUGAACUACAAAUUGUAGCUGCAAAAAAAUAAAUUAAUUGAACAAACAAUAAAGUCAAAAAUUGGUCAAUUGCAAAGCAAAGAAUAUGCGAAACAGUUUAACUAAAAGUUACUAAUACAGCUUUUUAAAAAAUUACAUAAUCAGGUAAAAAAAGUACAGAACCUUCUUAUCUGUUUCAAUAAAAUCAAUCCUUUAAAUUGCGCCAUUAAUAAAAUCCUGCUUCCACUCGGUGAUGAAGAUUCGCUUGUGUUUCUGGCUCAUAAAAGCGCAAUGAUAAUACGGUAAUCAAGAGAUAAGAUAACAAAGGUCCCCCACAAAUUAAUUGAAUCCCUAAAGGGUCAUAACUGUAAAGCGGCGGCCUUUUGAAACGGCCUGAACGCUUUUAUUUCAACUGUUGUUGUUUGUUUAAGUAAAUCCCUGUUUUGUAAUCCACCAAACUGUACUCGGCUUAAUUUGUGGUGAAUUAAACAAAUCGGCCAGAAUAUUUUUUUGAGUUUCAGUAAAUAGAAAAUUUGAGGUAAAUUAAAUAUUUUAUAUAUGUAUACAGUAUAGAACUAGACAUAUCGAUAUUGUGUAAAGCACCUAAAAGAACAUGCUCACAAGUUUUGCUUUAUGCAAUUCAUUGUAGGUACUGUUUAAGAAUCGUUCGUGUAAAACGUAACGAUUUUUCCUGUUAUUUAACAGGGUUGCUGCAAAAACUGCAAUAAAUUAAAAAUGUAGAACCAAACAUAUCCCAACAAGCAAUAAAAAUACUUUUGAAACUUAUUGAAAAAUUUACAGAUAUUUUUAAUGAAAAUUGUUACUCACACUAAUGUUAUACUAGCAAAGAAAGUAAUAUUUUGACCACAAAAUAAAUGUAAAUAACUAUGUAAACAAAAUCAAUCAUCGAGAAUCAAUCGCUUUUUAUAAAUCGUGAAUAAGCUGUGAAUUGCCCUAGAACAUCUUAUUUUGAACCUGUAUGUACGAAAAAAGUAUAUAAAGUAGAUAAAAAAACUAAGUGAAAAUAUUAUUCUAUAUUCGUAUUUGUUACCAUACUAGAUUAUUUGAUAAUAUACAUGUAUAUGUAAACUAUUGUAAACUUUGUAAUGGGAACCACCAAAUCUACUCAUAAGCGCAAACACAAAAAUAAGUUGUCCACAAAUUCAUCAGAUCAAUUAGUUAAUUUUUUUAGUACUAAACCACAUUUUGUGGUUUCUAUUAUGAUUGUUUAUAUAUAGUUAAGUCUGCAGGCGAGAUCGCCAAAUAUGUCUUCCUAAAGCUACUGUCUAUUGUAAUUUUUAAGGGAGCAAAAUUGUCACUUCGAGCUUGGACUAAAUAAAAUUAAAACAGCAAAAGUUGUACGACACAACUGAAAAAAAUUUGCUUGAGGAAACAACGAUAAAACCCAGUAAACGCUGAUAGCGUUGUGCAAUUUUUGAUGUUGGUUAAUCAUUAUACACGGUAAUUCAGAACAAUCCCCAAAAUAGAAUUAUUAUUGUGAGCACCAAAAUAGAAAUAGCAUCAAAAUGAGUCAGUUUUCAAUUAUUUUGUAUCAAUUUAAUAAGCUGCUUAAAAAUCCGAAUAAAACAAAAACUAAAUGAUGAAAGUUUACCAAUGAAAAAAGCUCGUCGAAAUGACAAAGAUUUGCUUGAAAAAUAUUAAUUCAGUAGAUAAUUAUUCUAAAGAGUUUGCAGCUGCAAUUUCAAGCGUUUAACCGCCAGUUUUUCGGUUGCCGUAAUUGCAGCUUAAGAUUCUACAUUUUAUGAGUCGGUUUUAAAUUAAUUUCGAUGAAUUCAGUUUAAAGCCAACUGGUAUACACCAUUUUAUGUAAAGAUAUAUCAUAUGUAAAGUUAACAACUUUAUCCUCUAUGUUUUGUAAAAUGAUGAAAUACUAAAUUAAUAAAAUAAUUGU